AUGAAUGAAAAACAUUACAUGUAUCAAGAAGACGGAUGUUAUCACUAAGUUUACGGAAUUUAAAAGCUAUUUUUGGAAUUAUGUGGUAUAAGUAAUUAUUAUGGAUUGAUCAUAAAGGUAAUGAUUACAGAUUAUAAAUAUUAGAUCUUUAUUACUAAUGACGCCAUCAAAUAAAUUAUUAAGAGAUGUUAGAAUUAAAGCAUUUUUAUUGUUUUGGAAUGUUUCUAAUAUAAUGAAAAAAAAUGA